GCACAUGCGCAGAGGUCCUGUUCGCUCUUGGUCUGCCCCUGGAGCGUUAGAGACCACUAGCCAGAGCUGGCUGGUUCCCUCUGCCAGCCUGGAGGAAGUUUGAGGCCCUGAUCCCAGUGAGGGGCACAAGAGAACAUCAUGCAGGAUCCAAACGAAGAUACAGAAUGGAAUGAAAUUUUAAGGAAUUUUGGCAUUCUUCCUCCAAAAGAAGAACCAAAAGAUGAAAUUGAAGAGAUGGUGUUGCGCUUACAGCAGGAGGCCAUGGUUAAACCAUAUGAGAAGAUGACACUGGCACAACUGAAAGAAGCAGAAGAUGAAUUUGAUGAAGAAGACAUAAAAGCUAUUGAAAUAUAUAGAGAAAAGCGGUUACAGGAAUGGAAAGCACUUAAGAAGAAACAAAAAUUUGGGGAAUUGAGAGAAAUUUCUGGAAAUCAGUAUGUGAAUGAAGUCACAAAUGCAGAAAAAGACCUGUGGGUUGUAAUUCAUCUCUAUAGAUCAAGUGUCCCAAUGUGCUUGGUGGUUAACCAACAUCUGAGUGUCCUAGCAAGAAAGUUUCCAGAAACCAAAUUUGUUAAAGCCAUCGUGAAUAGCUGCAUUGAACACUACCAUGACAACUGUUUACCAACAAUUUUUGUUUAUAAAAAUGGUCAGAUAGAAGGCAAAUUCAUUGGAAUUAUAGAAUGUGGAGGGAUAAAUCUCAAGCUAGAAGAACUUGAAUGGAAACUAUCAGAAGUUGGAGCGAUACAGAGUGACUUGGAAGAAAACCCCAAAAAGGGCAUUGCAGAUAUGAUGGUGUCUUCAAUUAGAAACAUCUCCAUUUAUGACAGCGAUAGCUCUGGCAGUGACACUGAGGCUAAGUAGAACUUGUUAAUAAAUAGCUUUAUAGUGUAUCCAUCGAAUGCCUUAUUUCCUGCUGACUUUAGCUACAAAUGAAUUGACCUCAUUUUCAUUCUUAUGUAAGAAGUAUAACCUACAUGUCAAUUGAAAAAAUUUCAGGUAUUUAAGAAUAUUGUCUCUUGCAAAUAUGAAUAUUUACUCCUUAAUAUUUUGUGACUUAUUUUUUCUGACUCCUGUUGGACAAAACCCAACAAAUACUUUAAGUCCUCUGUGUUGCCUAAUCACUUCCAAAAAGACACAUGGAAGGAAAUAAAUAUGGCUUCAUAAAUAAAAUUAAGACAUUUUGUAUGUGUGC